AAGUCCAAACGACGGAAGAAAUGGCGCCAAAUGGAGCGCGCGACAAAGCAACGUCCAACGAACCUCCCUUCCCGCGUCUGCUGUAGCAGAAUCGUCCGGAGAAACGCCGUGGGAAACGAUGGGUGAGCGAAAAAAGCAACGGAACGGGUCGCUCGGAGGGAAAUGGCUCACCCUUCUGUUGCCCUUUUAUCCCUUGUGCGGUCCUCCUCUAAGAAGCUCGGCUUCUCUCCAUCUUCCCUCUCCUGUCCCCGUUCGGUAGGGCUCCUCUGCUCUCCGCUUCGAUCCUCGUGGAAUCCGGUACCUGGAUCACAGCAAGCGAUUCCCUUUGCUUUUCUUCUGCUACAGGUUCGACCUUUGUAGGACUGCGGGAUUUUAGCUGCUUAAAGGAAUCUCUGCUUACACGAUCUUCUCGGUUGAAAUGCAUCCUGUAAGGGAUCAAGAGUUGCAAUAUUGGAACUUACCAGUAUGUUUUUAGAACAGAUAGGGAUUAUUUUUCUCUAUCUCAAAAAUUUCGUUUUCAUGGAAUUUGGUGGCGGAAGUGCAUGAUUGCGUUCAUCAAUUUCAUCUUGUCUUUCAAGCUCCCUUUUCUCUGCUGAGUGAAUAUGGUCUGGGACAUGGAAUCUGUAGGAAAUCAUAUAUCCUCCGGUAUGACAUGCAUUCUGUCUGCUGUAUAUAAGGUGAUCUGCAAAGCCACCAUCCAUAUCUAUGAAUCACCUGCCGUCAAAUAUUUUCAGUUAUUUUUAUUCGUCACUUUAAUAAACAUCUUGAAUCUCUUGUUAUUUAGUCGAUGAUCAGCAUGAAUUAAGAUUUUGACCAAGCUGUGAUCUUGCAAGUUUUGAUCUAGAAAUGGCAGUUUUCAAGGUAGAUAUCAAGACCUGAUCAAUCUCAAGGAUCACAUGUUUGGGAAGCAUGCCAGGCCCCAUGGAUGGAAUAUCAAACACUUUUUAUUUCAGCAGAACUGGGAAUUCUCAGAAAUUGGAGCAUAAGAAACAUGGUUUUGAAGCUCCUCGGAACAGCUUCGAUAUUUCCAUCGACAAAUCUGAAGGUUAUCACUGUGUCUCUGAAGAUAUUCGGUAUUCUUUUCAGGUGAAGCAGCACUCCUCCAAAAUGAACCAUCUUCCCAAUGGAACCUCAAUGAAGAAGUUGAUGCAUGGACCAAAUCUGGUUGCCCGUCUGAUGGGAAUAGAAUCGAUACCAUCCGAACGAAGUACCAAGAUUCCUGUCAAGGAACAUGAAGUAGAUAGAUCAAGAAAAGCAAUGGAGAUGAGUAAUAAGCCUAUGGAUAACAGUUCAGGUCUCGGAACUCCAUGUAGCUCUACUUCCUCCAGACAAACAAAGACAAGAAGACCACAACCACGCGAACAUCCACAGGAAGAGCUGCUGCAGAGGUUCAAGAAGGACUUCCUGGCGUGGCAGGCUUCAAAGUUAUGGGAGCAUCCAAGGUCAAAGAAGAGUCACGUUCUUGGAGAUGGGAAGGAUCGCCAAGCCCAUGCACCAAAGAAUCUGGAGAGCAAGAAAAGCUUGAAGCGUACACAACUCAAAGAGGUGGUUUCACCAGCUAGACGGGAUGUGAAUGGACAAGGAUCCAGCAGCAGAAAGACUAUGAAGCUUGGGAGCAGAGUUAAUGGUCCUGAACACUUUCCAGUUGCUAAGGUUGAUAGGCAACACGAACGAACUUGUUCGCCGACACGAAUAGUGAUUCUGAAGCCUAAUUGUGAUAGAAGUGAUGAUAAUGAAGAGUCAUCGUUAGUUGCCUCAUCUGAUGAGUUAGAGAAGGAAUAUAGUAUGGACGAUUUCCUCGAAGAGGUGAAGGAAAGGCUCAGAAAUGAGACUCUCAAUGUUAAAGGUAGAGGAAACAGAAUGGGGACUCCGUUGAGUGAAAGGUCAAGUAAUCCAAAGCAAAUUGCUCGUGGCAUAGCAAGACAUAUACGAGAGAGCGUGACCAAGGACAGGGGGACGACUCUGGCACGAUCUGAGUCAACCAGAUCGAUUAGGAGUGACAUCCAGAUCAAUACGCCCGAUUCACCAGAGUUCAUCAGAAGAGACACAAGAAAGUUCCUGUCGGCGAAAUCGAAGAACAUCCUGAAAGAUGAGAUUCUCCUUGGAGACUCAGGUGCUUUCUCCUUGAUCAGAGACAAGGCAAUACCAGAUCAAGGGAAAAGUGUGGACUACUGGAAAGAUAAGAAAGCUGUGAUCGAAUCAAUUCCAAGAAAGAGAGAGAAAAGUGUGGCACAACGAAACCUCAUCAGAUCAUUUUCUGCACCUGUGUCCGGAACAGCCUUUGGGAAGCUGCUUUCGGAGGACCAGCAUAUAACUGGAGCUCAGAUCCGCAGGAAGCAUGAAGCAUCUGAACAUAACCUUUCAGAACUCAGAAACCAAAGAAAGGAUGGCCUCGACCUGAAAGGUAGAGUUUCUAAUCUAAAACAUAGCUUCAAUCUUAAAGGUAAGUUAUUCGGGAAGAAGACAGAGCUGAUCAAGGAACAACCAGCUGCGAGUGGAUUCAACACAGUGAAGGAAACACCAACUGCACCGCCUGCUGUCACCAGCGCUGGCAUCACACAGGAGAACUCCACAGAGGUGCCACCGAGUCCUGCAUCAGUGUCCAGCGGUUCUCCUGACGAGUUCUGCAGGCAAGAUAGCCCGAGUCCUGUAUCACCGCUGGAGGUCAUGGAGUACCACACGACAGCUUGUAUCUCUGAAGCGCUGAGCUCCGAUGCUCCAGAUCCACAUCUGUCGGAACAAGCUGAGCAUGGUGGAUCCGAAAUGGCAGCCACGGAGCAGCCUCACAACCAAGAGACGACUGUCUCUGCCGAUCAAGCAAGCUCAAAGUCGGGCGCAGUAACGCGGCCAAUCUCACACCAGGUCUUCGAAGAAGAGGAAGAAGCAUACGGCAAAUACUGGAAGUCCUCUAUCGUCCACAACGAUGACAUAGCUGUACGACACAAGCUGCUGUUUGACUUGGUGAACGAGGCUCUGCAAAGUGUACUGGGACCUCAGAUACAUUGCUCCAUGUUCAAGAGGCGGAGUCCAGGCCAAGCUGCAUCACCACAAGCAAAAAGCUUGUUACUUGACUUGUGGAACCAAAUCCAGGUAUACAUGAGUCCCCCUCUACAUGAGUCCGACGUAAAUAGCGUGGUGGUUGAGGAGGUGAAGAUGACGACUUGGCCAAGCAUGCUGCAUGAGGACGUUGACGUCGUAGGAAGACAGAUUGAGCGGGUCGUGCUGCGGGACUUAAUAGAUGACAUUGUACAGGCAAUGAUUGCUUUGCCGAGCAUGCGACCCGCUGGAUGCCUGUAAGGUGCUCGGCGAAAAGGAAGUUGAGAGAGGCUCGACAUAGAUGACGAGCAGUGCUAGAAUAAUGCCUAUCGCAACCUCGGCCGGUGGAGACGGCGCUGCCGCACAUGGCAUGUCGGAGUUCUUCGUGCAAACGUUCCUUAAUCCAUGUUGCUCGACUCCAUGGUCGAGGGAAGAUUGCAGCUUGGCACAUCAAAUCAAAUGAUUGAACAUUACUAUUUCGUUAUGUAGGAAAUGGUUUUUGUGUGUUUUGGUGUGUGGACGUGGUGCAUCUUCUCAUCCUCGUGUUCAUGGUGCACAACCCAGAGAACAGCUCGAGUUCAGAUUGUAAGAUGGAAAUGUUGAAAUUAUUUGGCGUUGACCGAAUACUGUGUCAAUUUCAAGAAUAGUCGAUGAGAAGUUCGUCCCCCCAUA